GGAAGUCACUGAAGCUGCUGUUUCAGUCUGUGCGACGCACCCAAUGCAUUCCUCUACACUCUGGUUUUAUAAAUUCAAUGCCCGGGGGUGAACUCCUGAGGAGCGGAUGAAGAAACUAAUUUUGCUUUUAUUCACAUUCAGAGGACUAGUAAGCAAAGGGAAAAAGAGAAAAUGGACAGUUUUAAAUUACGGAAAGCUGAACCCAACGAUGUGUCUGAUAUCCUGCGACUCAUAAAGGAACUUGCUAAAUUUGAAGAGAUGGAGGAGAAGGUCAUGCUGACAGAGAAAGAGCUACUUGAAGACGGCUUUGGGGAUCAUCCAUUCUACCACUGCUUAGUUGCUGAGGUCCCAAAAGAGCAGAGCUCAGAAGGAUACACUGUGGUUGCCUUUGCCAUGUAUUACUUCACAUAUGACCCUUGGAUUGGAAAGCUUCUAUACUUGGAGGACUUCUUCGUCAUGCAGGAAUUUCGUGGUCUUGGCAUUGGUUCAAAAAUCCUGAAGGUUCUGAGUGAGACUGCAGUGAAGACUCGCUGUAGCAGCAUGCACUUCAUUGUAGCAGAAAACAACACAAAGUCUAUUGAGUUCUACAAGCGGAGAGGAGCAGCUGAUCUCUCCUCUGAGGAGGGCUGGCGUCUUUUUGAGAUUGAAAAGAGGGAUCUACUGAAAAUGACUGCCAAAUAGAGUUUACUGUCACUUGUACUGCCUGUUGGUGAUAACAAUAAUCAUGUUUUGUUUGAUCAGUGAUUUGACACAGUUUUAAUAAACACAUUUAAAAAUCAAC